AUGUCUCCAUCAUAUAAAAUAAUGGUUACCAGUAUUGAUGCUUGUGGCCACAUCAAUGCUUCUCUUGGUUUUGGUGAGCUUCUUCAAAAUCGCGGUCACACGAUUAUUUUUACAAACAGGCAAAAAUAUAAACAUCUUGCUGAUAAAAGAGGAUUCCAAUUCAUCCCAUUUGACGAAGAAGUUUUUGCCGGUGAAAAGUUGACUCCAUUCAUGGCAUGGUUGGAACGAAGUUAUGACCUUUUCCAUAAAGACGCAACUGAACGAUUCAAGUGUUUUACCCAAAAAGAUAGAGAUAGUUAUGCUGAAUUUGUUGAAGGUUAUAUAAAAACAAAUGAGGCAUUAGAACGAGUUCUGAAAAACAUUGAAGUAGACCUUAUUAUUGGUGAUCUUCUGGUUCCAUUCCCAGUUAUGGCCAAAUCAAAAGUUCCUUACAUUCCAUUAGCAUCUCUCAAUCCUUUAGUACUCUUCUUGAAUGGUCCACCCGAGUUUUCAGGUCUCUCAGUCAACAGUGGUGAUAAAGAGCGUAAUGAAUUUCGUGAAGCUUUUGAAUGGGCAAUGGCUCCACAUAAAGAGAAGAUCAAUAACUGGUUACAUGAACAUGGAUUACCUGGUUUGUAUGAACCAGCUUGGUUUCUUGAUAGACCAAAACAUUUUGGUUUUUAUCAUUAUCCAGAAGAUUUAGAUUAUACAGAGGUUGGACCUGUUCUAGAUAAUUGGGUUCGAGUUGAUUUAUCAAUAAGACAACCUGAUAAUGAUUAUUUUGUUAUACCCGAAUGUUUAAAAGAUAAACCUGGUAAAUUGAUAUAUUUUUCAAUGGGAUCACAAUUUUCAGCCGAUUUACAAUUAAUGAGACAAUUAAUUGAUAUUUUAUCUAAAAGUCCACAUCGAUUUAUUGUUUCAAAAGGACCUAAAGGAGAUGAACUUGAAUUACCAUCAAAUAUGUGGGGUGAAAAUUAUGUUAACCAAUUAAAAGUAUUACCAGAGGUUGAUAUGGUGAUAACUCAUGGUGGUAACAAUACAAUUAUGGAAACACUUUACCAUAAGAAACCAAUGAUUGUAAUACCAUAUUAUUUUGAUCAAUUGGAUAAUGCAGCUCGAAUUGUCGACAAAAAUCUUGGACGUCGUAUUGAUCCAUGGAAUUUGGAUGAGAAAUAUUUUCUCGAAAGUAUUGAAUCAAUUCUUAAUGAUAACGAAUUGAAGAAUCGUAUUGAAACAAUAAGCAAUAACAUGAGGAAUACAAAAAGUCGACGAAAAGCUGCAGAAAUGGUUGAAAAAUUGAUUGAAGAAACGCGUGAAGAAAAGAUUACAAUUAUUCCUAAAUUAUCAGAGAAACACAUUAACGAUGAUUUUAUCCCUUAUCCAUCAACUGUUGAACAAUGA